GAGGUGAAAUUAGAGGAAACAACAAAUCGAAUCGACGAGAUCGAGACACAGGAUACUCUCGAUUGGUUUCUUGUAGUUUUCGGUCAUGGCCGCGGCAGCGCUUCUUCGAUCUGUUGCGAGCAAGAUGACGCGCGCCGCAGCCCCGGUGCAUCAUCGUUCUCUUGUGGCGCGUGGGCGUGGACUCCAUGGCGGCGCUCGCUCAGGGCCUCCUGCUACUUAUUAUUCCUUACACAGCAACCAGGUCCAGCAAGGGACGGUAUGGAAUCGUGGACUUCACAGCCGCGCCUCCCCUGAUCUGAUUCCUUCCACGCCGCCAAAGGUUCUUCAUACUACUGCACUCGCUAAGGCUACAGCCGGUUUGGCUUACGUUACGCUGUUUGGCACCGCGAUUUACUUGCAUUUUUGGACCAAGCCGGCGCAGGAGAAGGCGAUAGCCAUGAUUGACAGUCUCUAUAAGCAAAGGUCGGACCUUAUCAAUACCCUCGAAUCCAUUACCCAUGCGCAGCGGGAAAUGCUUGUCAAGCUUCAGAAUAUGCACGUCUCUUCUGUUUCUCGUCAAGCUCCAGGCGCGCUAGCCUCAGGACAUGUUGACGCCACCGACCAGGGAACAGGGGUUAUUAUUGACAAGUUGGGCAAAGAAGAAGCAGUGAAGACGAUGCAUUCCCAGGCACAUGCCAAGGAGCUCGAAGCUACUGUCAUGGACUUGAAAGCUGAAAUCGCCGAGCUCAAAAUUGCAUUGGAUUCAGCUCAUUCUCAAGGAAAGGUGUAGAUGAGAGAGGUCUUGCAUUAGAAUCGGUUUGGUUAUUCAAGGAAUCGUGUUAUUAUGACCACGUCCAUUAUUCUAGACGGAGGCCCAUUAGUGGCUAAGAGCAUCUCCAACAAUUAACAAAUUUUGUUUGC